UAAACACACAAGCAUAUGUACACCCACGUAUUAUGCUUAUAUAUAUGACAUCUCAACAUCCUAUAGAAAAACACACACACAAGGAACACGAAAGCUGUGUUUUCCAUAGUUCUUCCCACGUAUAUAAUAAGAGCUUAAAUGGGGAUGGCACGGUUAGCUGCCAUUUGGUGGUUGUUGUGGGCCGCUGUUGGGUUUGCAGAAGCAGAAAAUGAGGCAAAGUACAAAGACCCAAAACAGUCAUUGAAUGUGAGGAUCAGAGAUUUGAUGAAGAGAAUGACAGUUGAAGAGAAGAUUGGGCAGAUGACUCAGAUUGAGAGGAAGUUGGCCUCACCAAGUCUUGUCAACAAGUAUUUCAUUGGAAGUGUGUUUAGUGGAGCGGGCAGUGGGCCCGGGGCAAAAGCCGGGGCAGAGGAAUGGGUCAAAAUGGUGAAUGAUCUUCAAACGGGUGCGCUCUCGACCCGACUCGGCAUCCCAAUCAUUUAUGGGACUGAUGCUGUUCAUGGCAACAAUAAUGUCUACAAUGCUACUAUUUUUCCUCACAACGUUGGACUUGGGGCCACCAGGGAAGAUGAUUCAAACAGAGACCCAGACCUUGUGAAAAGGAUUGGUGCAGCCACUGCAAUUGAAGUUAGAGCCACAGGAAUCCCAUACACUUUUGCGCCCGGACUUGCUGUCUGCAGGGACCCAAGGUGGGGUCGGUGUUACGAAAGCUACAGUGAAGAUCCUGAGAUUGUUCGUGCAAUGACUGAGAGCAUAACCGGUUUACAGGGUGACAUCCCGCCUGGCAAACGAAAGGGCAUCCCCUUUGUUGCUGGCAAGACAAAAGUUGCGGCUUGCGCUAAGGAGUUUGUGGGGGAUGGAGGUACAAUCGGAGGCCUUGAUGAGGGAAAUACGAUGAUCGACUUUCAAGGGUUGCUUAGCAUUCACAUGCCGCCAUACUUAGACUCGAUUAUGAAAGGUGUUGCAACAGUCAUGGUGGGUUACUCUAGCUGGAAUGGAGCGAAAAUGCAUGCGCAUCGUGAUCUUCUCACAGAUUACCUCAAGAAAACGCUUAAAUUCAAGGGUAUUGUCGCGUCAGAUUGGAAGGGUAUCGAUAGGAUUACGACCCCUCCAGGGGCAAACUACUCUUAUUCAGUUCAAGCUGGAGUUCUUUCCGGAAUAGACAUGGUUAUGCUCGCCGAAAAUUUUAUGGAGUUCAUUGAUAUUCUGACUUUUCAAGUGAAGACCAACAUUAUACCGACGAGAAGAAUAAAUGAUGCUGUGAGGAGGAUAUUACGGGUCAAGUUUGUCAUGGGUCUCUUUGAGAACCCGUUGACUGAUCUAAGCUUGGUUAACAAGCUCGGAAGUCAGGAACACAGGACACUGGCAAGGGAAGCCGUGAGAAAGUCGCUUGUUCUUUUGAAGAAUUCUAAGAGUUCUAAUCGACCAUUAAUUCCCCUCCCAAAGAAGGCAAGCAAGAUAUUAGUAGCAGGAACUCAUGCUGAUGAUCUCGGCUAUCAAUGUGGAGGCUGGACAGUAAAAUGGCAGGGCGUUCAGGGCAAUGAUCUCAUAGUUGGAACCACAAUCCUAAAGGCCGUAAAGAAAACAGUCGACCCUUCCACUCGAGUCGUCUUCAAGAAAAACCCCACCAAAGACUACGUGAGGUCGAACAAUUUCUCUUAUGCAAUUGUAGUCGUGGGCGAAGUCCCGUACGCCGAGAUGUUUGGAGACAGCAAGAACCUAAGCAUAGCCGAACCAGGGCCAAGCACAAUCAAGAAUGUCUGUGGGGCCCUCAGAUGUGUAGUUGUCAUAAUAUCUGGGCGCCCACUCACAGUCGAGCCCUACCUUGCCCAGAUAGAUGCACUCGUGGCUGCAUGGCUUCCAGGGACAGAAGGCCAAGGAGUAGCCGAUGUCCUAUUUGGGGACUACGGUUUCACGGGAAAACUCGCCAGGACUUGGUUUAAGUCGGUCGAGCAGCUUCCCAUGAACGUAGGGGACCCACAUUAUGAUCCCCUUUUCCCGUUUGGGUUUGGCCUGACAAGUGACAACUGAAGCUAGCAGUGGGAGAUGAAAAUGUAGCAGUCAGCAGUGUUUAUUUAGUGGUUUCGAGUGCUUUCUUGCCGUAAACUAUUACAGCACUCAGGCACUAGAGUUUGCUAUAACUAAUAAUUAUAUUUCAUAUAGAAUAAAUGAUUUUGUACAUGCAAGGAAGAAAUAAAUUUGUAAGAGUGCUCUUAGUAAGUUAUUUUCCUACUAUCAAGCACAUUGUGCUCAACGCGAACCUAAAUGCUAAAUAUAACAGUUGUUAUACGACUCAAUUUCGAAUAAGCAGGUUCUCAAAACUUUACAAAAUGAGAAGGUAUAGAAACAUGGUCUGUGAUUUUUAGCCACGCCAGUUGUUC